CGAGAGAAUGACUAGUAUCGCGGAGACUCAGCUGGAACUUCAAUGAGCUUCAGAGGCACUAGUUGGCAGGCAGCACUGUAACAGACAUAUGGACAUUCCUGAAGAAGAAGUGUCAGGAGCAAUGUCAGUCCCACCACUGACCAAGAGCGAGCUGGCGGACCUGCUGGGGCCAGACUUCACCGUGGAGAGCCUUAAGUCUGAACGCCUGACUCAAGCGGGAGACAACUACUUCAGCAACAUGCAGGCCGUGGAGGUCAAGCUGCUGCCCCAUCGCAGGAAGUUGCAUCUGGUGGCCAAGCUACCGCCAGUGUCUUCGUUUGUUAUAGGAAUUUCGCAUUUCGGGGACACUCUGAGGAAAGAGAAAAUAAUGUAUCUUGAAGUGGCGAAGGUUUUCCAAGAUAUACAGAUUGAGAGCAAUGUUCCUGUCAGAGAACUUGUAGAUUUAUUCCCGAAAUGUUACGGGGCACAUGUGUCUUAUGUGGAUAACAUGCCUGUGGCAGAGAAGUCAGCUCUUAUUUUGGAAGACUUACGGCCACUAGGAUAUCGUUGUGCAGACCGCAUCAAAGGUCUAGACUUAGCUCACACAUACCUGGUUGUGUCUAGGCUGGCUCGACUUCACGCCACUGCGAUAGCUGUGAAAAUAAAGAAACCUUUAGUUUUCAAAAAUGUUAUUUUACACGCAUGUGAAAAUUUCAUGACAGAAGGACCGCCCCAUGAUGAAAAAAAGAAGGAUAAAAUGGAAGAUAAACUUUUUGAACAGUUAGCAAGCAUAGAAGAGAUAAAGCCGUAUCUAGAUUGUCUGAAAAAAUCAAAUGCUUUGAAACCAUAUUUCUUCCCAUUACCAAUAGAACCAUUCGCAUCUAUUAAGCAUAGCGAUUUCUGUACAAACAACAUAUUGUUCAAGUACACUACAGACAGUUAUGAAAGCCUUCCAACUGAUGUCAAAUUUAUAGAUUUUCAAAUGACCCAGUACGAUUCGCCAGUAAGGGACUUGAUUUUCUUGCUUUACAGUAGUACAGAUAAUGGGUUAGUUCCAGAUAACUAUGAUCAUUUUAUUCAGCUCUAUCAUGAACAUUUUAUAGAUGCACUAAUGAAGCUUGGAUGUGACAUCAAACCAUUUUCUUAUGAUGUACUCUAAAAUGAAAUUCAUAGAGUUGCACCAAAGGAGCUACAACAUUGUAUUUUCAUGACAAACGUUAUCACAAAAGACAGGUUGCUUGCUACAGAUGUUGAUGAAAUCAACAGUUUUGAAGACAUGGAUAAAAUGAUCGACGUAAAUAACUCUCCAGCUUAUAAGAAAAGAAUAACUCAGCUGAUAACAGAUUUUGCAAAGAAAGGUUGGAUUUAAUCACAGUUUAAUGUAAUAUAAUUUCCAACCUAUCUCGAAUAAUUAAGUAAGAAAAUGUUUGGUAUACUCACCUAUUUCAUGCCCAUCAUACUCUAAGUAAAAUGUCUGUUUUGAGUUUUUAUUUAUUUAGGUAAAGUUAUGACCAAUAUUCAAAUUUUUGUAAAACAACUUGAUGGCAUAUACUAUUACAAAACAUAAUGAACGUAGGGAAAUUAGUCCUGAUUAUCCAUUGUUAUUAUUCCAACAAAAAAAGAGGUCUAAAAAUACAUGUUUUUGCUAUUUUUGUCUUGGUAUUUUUAACUUUCUUGCAGAGAAACGUUUUGUUCUCUGCAACAUAUUUUUAGAAUUGUAUUUUAAUAACCCAUAUUUUAAUUUCAUUUCAAUUUGUAAAAUUAUCUGUAACAUGUAAGUGUAAAUUUACUGAUAUAUAAGUGUAGGCUUAAAUAUAAUAACAAUUGGUCUUGUUCA